GAAGGUAACUUGCAGAGAACAUCUCCAAUGGCUCCUCGGUACGCACCAAGUCUGCGCUCCUGUCUGGCACCGACGCUGCUUCUCCUGCAGCUCGCUUUCAUUGUCAUCUUUUACUUUAAGACUGAGAUCCAGAUCCAUGUGCGCGCACACGGGGACUCCUUCAGCGACGUCUACCCAAUGUUCCAGGAUGUCAACGUGAUGCUGAUUCUAGGUUUUGGCUUCUUAAGCACUUUCCUGGUGCGUUAUGGUUUCAGUGCCUCUGCGUUCACUCUACUUGUGGCAGUGGUGGCCACUCAAUGGGCAAUUAUACUCAAUGGUAUUGAGACCUUCAGAGGAAAGAUCAGGAUAGAUUUGAGAAGUUUGAUAGAUGCUGAAAUGUGCACGGCCUCCGUCCUCAUUUCCAUUGGAGCCGUGCUCGGGAGGACCAACCCUGUCCAACUCAUCCUCAUCUCCCUGCUGGAGGUGUCAGGGUUUAUCCUGAAUAAAUGGGUCCUGCAGACCUGGCUCAAGGUUCAGCUGCUGAACAGCAUCAUGAUGCUUCACAUCUUUGGGACUUUCUUUGGACUCAUGCUGACUUGGACCAUGUACCGGAAAGGUUCAGAGCAGGGGUUUGAAAAGGAGAAAUUUGACCAAAGAUCUGGACUGUUCUCCAUGUUAGGGACUUUGUUUCUCUGGAUGUUUUGGCCAACUUUUAACUCCGUCCUUGUGGAUGAUCGUAUUCCUGGGAGGAAGCUCGGGGCCGUGUGUAGCACCUACCUGGCCCUGGCUGUCAGUGCUGUAGCAGCAGCUGCCAUGUCUGUGCUCUCCAGUCCUAAGGGAAAACUCAACCUGAUCCAUAUGCAGCAAUGUAUCCUUGCCGGUGGUGUCGCUGUUAGCGUCGCGAUAUCAGCGGUUUAUCAGCCAUGGGUAGCCAUGACAAUUGGACUCACUGCUACAGUCGUCUCGACCGUUGGACACCGAUACCUAAAGACACAAAUGCUUCUUGCAUUUCAAUGCCACGACACCUGCACUGUUCUCAGCACCCAUGGACUCCCCGGUCUCCUGGGGUGGCUAAUACGUCUCAUCCUGGAGGUUCAAGAGUUAGAUGAUCACACGACGGCAAUCCGCUUUGCUGUAUUUCAUAUCUGUGCUCUCCUCGCCACCAUCGCUAUAAGUUUGUCCAUGGGAAUCAUCACAGGACUUUUACUCAAGUGGGACUUCUGGAGACCGCCCCAAGAAAACAAGUGUUAUGAUGACCAGGCUUUCUGGGAGUUUCCUCAUCUUGCAAAAAGACAGUAAGAACGUGGAGUAGACGCAGUCCGGAACACUGGAGGAGGAAGCUAUUUUCAUACUGAUGUAUAUAGAUGUUUUUUUUUUAAAUACAAUGAAGUAAUGAGAUGUUUAUAUUUGUGCAGUGCUUAAGGAAGAGAAAAAAUCAAAGCAGCAAAAACGAUGAAUGAAAGAUUUAUUCACUGUUUGGUAUGUGUAUGUUAAUGCUGCCAUGAUUGCCGGACAAUGACGUCAUGGUUCGGCUGUUAAACAAGCAAAAUUGAAGUGUUGCAGUAAAGUACAAAUCUCUAGUACGCAAACAAAAUAUACAGUUGUGAAACCUUUGCUGAUUUCUGGUCAUUAUAGUCCAAGCAAAACUAACCAUGAACAAUAAAUGUGGAUGGUGGCAAAG